CUUUCUGUUUGCAGGGGGCAGCACUGAAAUACUUGCCGACCAUCGUCAACGAUGUGAAGUUGGUAUUUGAUCCCAAGGAACUCAGCAAAAUGUUCACUGAAUUCAUUCUGAAUGUCCCCACGGGCUUGCUGACCAUCCAGAAACUUCACUGCUUGAUCGAAAUAGUUCACAGCGACCUCUUCACACAGCACGACUGCAGAGAGAUUCUGCUCCCCAUGAUGACUGACCAACUCAAGCACCACCUGGAGAGGCAGGAGGACCUGGAGGCCUGCUGCCAGCUGCUCAGCGACAUCCUGGAGGUGCUUUACCAGAAGGACGUGGGGCCAACUCAGAGGCACAUCCAGAUCAUCAUGGAGAAACUUCUCAGGACAGUGAACCGGACGGUCAUUUCCAUGGGGCGGGAUUCCGAACUCAUUGGGAACUUCGUGGCUUGCAUGACAGCUAUUUUACGGCAGAUGGAAGACUACCAUUAUGCCCACCUGAUCAAGACCUUUGGGAAGAUGAGGACAGAUGUUGUGGAUUUUCUGAUGGAAACAUUCAUCAUGUUUAAGAACCUCAUUGGGAAGAAUGUCUACCCGUUCGACUGGGUGAUAAUGAACAUGGUGCAAAACAAAGUCUUCCUGCGUGCGAUUAAUCAGUAUGCAGAUAUGCUGAACAAGAAAUUUCUGGAUCAAGCCAACUUUGAGCUACAGCUCUGGAACAACUACUUCCACCUGGCCGUGGCUUUCCUCACCCAGGAGUCCCUGCAACUGGAGAAUUUUUCAAGUGCUAAGAGAGCCAAAAUCCUUAACAAGUAUGGAGACAUGAGGAGGCAGAUUGGCUUCGAGAUCAGAGACAUGUGGUACAAUCUGGGUCAACACAAGAUCAAGUUCAUCCCAGAGAUGGUCGGCCCAAUAUUGGAAAUGACCCUGAUUCCUGAGACAGAACUGCGCAAAGCCACAAUCCCUAUCUUCUUUGACAUGAUGCAAUGUGAAUUCCACUCCACCCGCAGCUUCCAAAUGUUUGAAAAUGAGAUCAUCACCAAGCUGGAUCAUGAAGUAGAAGGAGGUGGAGGGGACGAGCAGUACAAAGUGUUAUUUGAUAAAAUCCUCCUGGAGCACUGCAGGAAGCAUAAAUACCUCGCCAAGACAGGAGAAACUUUUGUGAAACUUGUGGUGCGGCUGAUGGAGAGGCUUCUAGAUUACAGAACCAUCAUGCAUGACGAAAACAAAGAAAACCGCAUGAGCUGUACAGUCAACGUGCUGAAUUUCUACAAAGAAAUUGAAAGAGAAGAGAUGUACAUAAGGUACCUGUACAAGCUCUGCGACCUGCACAAAGAAUGCGACAACUACACAGAGGCGGCUUACACCCUGCUCCUCCACGCCAAGCUGCUCAAGUGGUCAGAGGAUGUGUGUGCGGCCCACCUCACUCAGCGGGACGGAUUCCAGGCAACCACGCAGGGGCAGCUGAAAGAGCAGCUCUACCAGGAGAUCAUCCACUACUUUGACAAGGGCAAGAUGUGGGAGGAGGCCAUCGCCUUGGGCAAGGAGCUUGCAGAACAGUAUGAAACGGAAAUGUUUGAUUAUGAACAGCUCAGCGAAUUGCUGAAAAAACAGGCACAAUUUUAUGAAAACAUUGUCAAGGUGAUAAGACCCAAGCCUGACUAUUUUGCUGUUGGCUACUACGGGCAAGGAUUCCCCUCGUUCCUCCGGGGAAAAGUGUUCAUUUACCGGGGCAAAGAGUAUGAACGACGGGAAGAUUUUGAAGCCCGGCUAUUGACUCAGUUUCCAAACGCUGAAAAAAUGAAGACAACAUCUCCACCAGGCGACGAUAUUAAGACUUCUCCUGGCCAGUACAUCCAGUGCUUCACUGUGAGGCCCAAGCUUGAUUUGCCUCCUAGAUUUCACCGGCCGGUGUCGGAACAGAUCGUAAGUUUUUACAGGGUGAAUGAGGUCCAGCGGUUUGAAUAUUCUCGGCCUAUCCGGAAAGGAGAGAAAAACCCAGACAAUGAAUUUGCGAACAUGUGGAUUGAGAGAACCAUCUAUACCACGGCCUAUAAACUGCCAGGAAUUUUAAGAUGGUUUGAGGUCAAAUCUGUCUUCAUGGUAGAGAUCAGCCCACUGGAGAACGCCAUUGAGACCAUGCAGCUGACAAACGACAAGAUCAGCAGCAUGGUCCAGCAGCACCUGGAUGACCCGGGCCUGCCCAUCAAUCCCCUGUCCAUGCUCCUGAAUGGCAUCGUGGACCCAGCUGUCAUGGGUGGCUUUGCCAAUUAUGAAAAGGCCUUCUUCACAGACCGCUACCUACAGGAGCACCCUGAGGCCCAUGGACAGAUUGAGAAGCUCAAGGACCUGAUAGCCUGGCAGAUUCCAUUUCUGGCUGAAGGGAUCAGGAUCCAUGGGGACAAAAUCACCGAGGCCCUGAGGCCUUUCCAUGAGCGCAUGGAAGCCUGCUUUAGGCAGCUGAAGGAAAAAGUAGAGAAACAGUACGGCGUCAGGACCAUGCCCUCAGGCCUGGACGACAGGAGAGGCAGCCGUCCCCGCUCCAUGGUGCGGUCCUUCACCAUGCCAUCAUCGUCCCGGCCUCUGUCUGUGGCUUCCGUCUCUUCCCUCUCCUCCGAUAGCACCCCUUCCAGGCCAGGCUCCGAUGGGUUUGCUCUGGAGCCUCUUCUGCCAAGGAAAACGCACUCCAGGUCCCAGGACAAGUUGGACAAGGAUGACCCAGACAAGGAGAAGAAGGAGAAGAAGAAGGAGAAAAGGAACAGCAGACAGCAGGACAUGUUUGAGAAGGAAUUCAAGCCUGCUGACAGUUCCCUGCAGCAGUCAGAGGCCGUGAUCCUUUCAGAAACGAUAAGUCCCCUGCGGCCCCAGAGACCCAAGAGUCAGGUGAUCAACGUCAUCGGAAGUGAAAGGCGCUUGUCUGUGUCUCCAACGUCACCGUCCUCCCAGCAGACACCCCCACCAGUCACACCAAGGGCCAAGCUCAGCUUCAGCCUUCAGUCCGGUCUGGAGCUAAACGGCAGCAUGGCUGGGGGCGAUGCAGCCGAUGUCCCACCCCCUUUGCCCCUCAAAGGCAACAUGACAGAUUAUGGUAAUCUAAUGGAAAGCCAGGAUUUGAUGGGCUCAUCCACGCCUCCGCCGCCUCCUCCCCACCAGAGGCAUCUGCCGCCUCCACUGCCCAGCAAAACACCACCUCCUCCCCCUCCGAAGACAACCCGCAAGCAGACCUCAGUGGACUCCGGGAUUGUGCAGUGAGCAUGCUCGGAGGAAUACACUGUCCUUCCUCCCUGUGCAUCUUCUGUGCCUGCAGAUUACCUCCGUGGGCCUGGGACGUCUCACCUUAGUGCAAUGGCCUUUCCUGAGGAGUCCUGUGUAGCCACGGAGCAAGAAUUCACGGACACCAGUGGGAAUAUAGGAAGUGCGUGCUCUGUAUUUUUUUUUACUGGGGCCCCAACAUGUCAGUCAGAGAGGGAUGAGGCCAACCCCUUCCCCCAAAGAAGCUGUGCAGUAACUGUGUAAGGAUCCUCACCUUCUCUCCCCAGACCAGACUCUAGUCCCCUCCAGGGCUGACUGCUCAACUCCAUCCUUGCUGAAUCUGCUGUGUGACUUUGUAUGGGUUCAGUAUAACCUCAACUGACAAUAGGACCCAAGUUCAGCACUUCAGAAAAGUUCCUAGUUUUCCUUGGCAUAAUUUAAAAUAGGAUAUUUCUUAGCUACUGAACAGCUACUAAUUUAUGGAAUAGAAACAUCAUUAAGAAUCCUGGAUCAAAUGGAAAAUAGAGACAAGCACAGGAAGAUGUAUUUUCAUUCUGUUUUCUUUAAUGACUACAUAGUCCACAAGGGGUGGUUUAAUCGGGUGAUUGCUCUGUUCUCAGUCUGUACAGAAGUUUGUAUAUAUGACGUUUCUCAGAACUCACCUUAGUGUUUGUGGCCCUGAUGUUUAUUAUAGUGGCCCUCUGAAAAUGAUCUUCAAUAUGUGUUCUUAAUUUUUAACUGCUGGAAAUGUGUUUAAAAAAAUAAAACAUCCGGGCGUGGUGCCACUCGCCGUUAGUCCCAGCACUCGGGAGGCAGAGGCAGGUGGAUCUCUGUGAGUUCGAGGCCAGCCUGGUCUACAUUAUGAGUUCAGGCCAGCUGGAACUACAGGGAGACCCCGCAUCAAAAAAAAAAAAGAAAAAAAAUCCCACAAAUUAAAUUUGUUUUCCCAGGUCUUGACAAUGUUGAUGGACAGUGAUUUUUUUUUUAAACUAACUUUGUAUAACCUAAUAUUUUAUUCUAUCAUCUAUAUUUUUUUAUUUACUGUGAUCAUGAUUCUGCCCUAAGAGGCUUCAAAGUUAAUCACUGACAAUGAAAAAUAAAUGUCAUUUAAACGGC